AUGCCUUUCCGAGUUCCUGCGAGGCUCACCGUGCUCCAAACCUUUAAAUACUCUUUCGCAGAUCCCGCGAAAGCCCCUCUUGCUAAGGCGCUCAAUUUCAAUCCCUUUAUGAUACGCAGUGGCCUCAUAUCGCACUCAGCAACCACACUACGCAAGAUUGUGAUGCUCGCUCAUCCGAAUGAUCUCGCACCACCUUUCAUGGGCUCGCUCCGAGAGUUCUCAGCACUCACAGAAUUGCGAACGAAUCACAGCUGCCUGGUAGGAGAGGACUUUUAUCGUCCGACGUUAUCACAGAUCUUGCCCUACUCGCUUCGCCGUUUAGUACUAGAUGGCCAGAAGCGCUCGAUGUUGAAUGAGGUCAAUGUUGACCCUAUCGACUUCGCUGUAAGGGCUGCGGUAGAUGCCGAGGCAGGGUGGGGACUUCCUCGGACCUGGCCCAUUGAGGAGCUUGUGUUCACCGGAUAUGAGGAAUUCGUGAAAGACUAUUUGAUGACAAGCGCUGAGGAAGUGUCCUUGGUCGUCAAGUUUUUGACAGGAGAUGAGCUUGAUCAAACAUCCUUAGCAAGCUCGCACUGA